AUUUAGAUGCAGAAGAAAAUCAAAACAUAAUAGAGACGUUGAGAGGCAAAGUCAGAGAAAAGCUAAAAAAUGCUAAGAUUAAUCAAGGUGAAGAAUCUUCAACUCCACUGUUCAUUGAUACUAAUAUAUAUCAAUGGUCUGAGAGAUCAGUAAAUGAUAGUCACUUCGAACCCUUGUCACUUGGUGAUAAUUUACAAAAUUUUGCUGAGUGCCAAGAUGAUGAUUUUAUGGAAGAAGUCAUUUUUACAGAUUUAAUUGAAGUAAAAGCUGCUGAAUAUGAAGAUGAUCAAGAACAAAUAAAAAAACAGCAGGCAAAUAUUUUUGUGCCAAGUAGUUCUCCAGGUAAUGUUCUUUUCCAAUAA